AUGCGUCAAAAAAGAGCUAAACAAUACAGAAAGCAAAUGCUUGUUUACAAGCAUACUUUCAAGUUCAGAGAACCAUAUCAAGUUAUUGUAGAUGAACAAAUUGUUCAAGUAUGUGAACAAUCUUCAUAUGAUUUAAAAAAAGGUUUAGAAAGAACAAUACAAGCUGAAGUUAGACCAAUGAUUACACAAUGUUGUAUGGAGGAACUUUAUAAAACUAAAAAUCAAAAAUUGAUUGAAUAUGGUAAAAGUUUUGAACGUCGUCGUUGUAAUCAUCCACCAGCCAAACCAGUACCAUCACAUGAAUGUAUCAAAUCAAUUGUUAUAGUGGAUGGUGAAAAUAAACAUAGAUAUGUUGUUGCAAGUGAAAAUGAACAAUUACGUUGGAGUUUAAGAAAAAUUCCUGGAAUUCCAUUAAUUUAUAUGAAUAGAGCAGUUAUGGUUAUGGAACCAUUAAGUAAAGCAAGUGCUCAGGCAAGUAGGACUUUAGAAAGAGGAAAAUUGUCUAAAGGGUUAAAUGAUGUUAAAGUUGGUUUUAAAAAUCCUGUUAUGGAUGAAGAUGAAAAGGAAGUUGCAGAAAAAGUUGUAAAGAAAAGAAAAGGUCCAAAAGAACCUAAUCCUUUAAGUAUUAAAAAGAAAAAGACU